UUGGCUUUGAUUUUUGAAAACAUCCUACGUAUAAAAUUCAAAAACAUGUCAAAUCGAGAUUCAAUAUCUCAAGUACCUGUUUUGACUGAAAUAUUCAAGUGGGAUAGGAAGUUUUUCAGGGUCUACACAGACUUUCGACCAAACCUUAAGGUUUCAAAAGUAACACCUAAGUUCUAUGCAAGACAUGAAGGAUCAGAGUCUCUUGAUUCUGUAGAUCCAGAAACUCUAGAAUUAAUACUCAACCAUUGUGACAAAGGACCUCGGGAAAAGCAGAAAUAUCCUGAAACUGAGAAUCAAAGGUAUGGAUGGUACCAAGAACUGCUGGUACCAAUGGACAAGAUGGAUCGUCGACUAAACAACCAUCGCAUUGGCUCUCAAGAUAUUCAAGUGGCAGCUGAAAUCAAGAAGAAUCUAGUAAAGGAGGCUCCAUUUACAGGAGUACCGUUCAAGCUUUGAAAUAAUCAAGUUGCACAUUGAUUUACUGUUACUUUUAGUUUA